AUGGUUUCCCACCCUCAAGACGCAACCCUUUCCCUAUCCCUCCGAUCGCCAGAGCAGUUCUGGUCUCACCACGCCGCCCAAGUACACUGGCACAAACCCCCUUCCUGCAGCCUGCGCCGGACCACCAAGGUUCUUCCCCGCAGCGGCAUCAGCCACGAGCACUGGUCCUGGUUCCCGGAUGGCGAGAUCUCUACGACCUACAAUUGCGUUGAUAGACAUGUGCUCUCUGGCAAUGGAGACAAUGUGGCCAUUAUAUACGAGUCGCCCGUGACGGGCGUGCAGGAGCAGUAUACGUAUAGCGAGUUGUUGGAGGAGGUAGAGGUGUUGGCCGGGGUGUUGAGGGAGGAGGGUGUCAGGAAGGGGGACGUUGUCUUGAUUUACAUGCCCAUGAUACCCGCCGCCCUCUUCGCAGCCCUCGCCAUAGCACGACUGGGAGCCAUCCACGCUGCCGUCUUUGGUGGAUUCGCUGCUACAUCGCUGGCCCAGCGCAUUGAGGCAUCGAAACCACGGGCCAUAAUGACUGCGUCCUGCGGAAUCGAGGGAAGCAAGGGCAUUAUGAAUUAUAAACCUUUAGUCCAGGGAGCGAUUGCUAAGAGCUCGUUCAAGCCCGAAAAAGUCAUUGUCUGGCAGCGGAAUGAGCUGCGGUGGAAUCCCAUGUUGAAGCUGGAGGGCGAGAGGAAUUGGCAGCGGAUUGUUACGAGCGGUAGGAGGCGAAAUAUUCGAGCUGUGGCUGUACCCGUAAAGAGUCAGGAGGGACUGUAUAUUAUAUAUACCAGUGGAACCACGGGACUCCCGAAAGGCGUCCUUCGCGAGGCUGGGGGCCACGCGGUGGGCCUCAAUCUUUCCAUAAAAUACCUUUUCGACAUCAAGGGCCCCGGAGACGUCAUGUUCUGCUCUUCAGAUAUCGGCUGGGUCGUCGGUCAUUCGUACAUUCUCUACGGUCCACUGUUGGCUGGGGCUACUACGGUCCUCUUCGAGGGGAAACCCGUUGGCACGCCUGACGCAGGCACUUUCUGGCGAACCAUAGAAAAGCACAAGGUAAACACCCUCUUCACCGCCCCGACCGCUCUUCGCGCUAUUCGUAAAGAGGACCCGGAAAACAGUCACUUUGAAGAAGUUGGGAAACGGAAGGGGCUGAAGUACUUGCGCGGCCUCUUCCUUGCUGGCGAACGGAGUGAGCCCAGCAUUAUCCGCACCUACCAGGAUUUGCUUGACAAGUACGCUGCCCCUGGCGCCAUGGUCAUUGAUAACUGGUGGUCUUCGGAGUCCGGGUCACCGAUGACCGGGCUCGCGCUGCGUAGUGCCAUUGGCCUGGAACAUGGGAGCAGGAAUGUGAUUCAGCCAUUCCCUAUCAAAGCUGGGUCGGCGGGGAAACCCAUGCCAGGCUUCGAUGUGCGUAUCGUCAAUGAUGAAGGAGAUGAGGUGCCGAAUGGAACUAUGGGGAAUAUUGUUCUGGCGAUGCCAUUGGCACCAACGGCGUUUACGACGUUGUUUAGUGAUGACGAGCGGUUUUAUAAGGGGUAUCUGAAGCGGUUUGGUGGGCGGUGGGUGGAUACUGGGGAUGCGGGGAUGGUGGAUGACGAGGGAUAUGUACAUGUCAUGGCCAGAACUGAUGAUAUUAUCAACGUGGCUGCCCAUCGGUUUAGUACUGGCGCAAUCGAACAAGCCAUACUCUCACACCCAGACAUCGUGGAAGCAAGCGUCGUCGGCAUCCCAGACCCUCUAAAAGGCCAUCUCCCAUUCGCCUUCGUGCAACUUAGAAAACCUCCACAAUUCACAUCCUUGUCUUCAACUUCAAUCCCCGCCAUGCCCUCGGCGUCCCUCUUCACUGCCGUAAACGCGCUGGUCCGCGAGCAAAUCGGCGCCAUUGCGUCGCUGGGUGGCAUGAUCCAGAACGGCGGAAACGGGAAGAGCAUGAUUCCGAAGACACGCAGUGGGAAGACGCUGCGACGGGUGCUGAGGGAGCUUGUGGAGAAUGCGGUAGAGGCGGGAGAUUUUGAAAAGGCGGUUACGGUGCCGGCGACGGUGGAGGACCCGGAGGUUGUGGAGGUGGCGAGGAGGAGGGUUAGGGAGUAUUUCGUGGAGAGGGAGAGGGAGAAGAGGGAGAAGAGGGUUGGAAGUGUGAAAUUGUAA